GGGAGGGAGUGAGGAGGGAGGGAGUGAGUGUGGGGAGUGGAGCGAAAGGAACCCGGGGGCAGAGAAAGCGGCCGCCAUGGGCGAGCGUAACCAUCGGGGCAGUUUUCAGACCAACGUCCAGCGGUUUCUGAGCACCCUGGAGAUGAUCAUUACGAAGUACAGUGAACCAAAUGAAGAUGACUUGGUUAUUAAUCUUGAAGAUAUGACCUUUGAUUCCCCGUCAGGUCCUAAACCGUGGUGCCCUACAGAGAUCUUUCGUGGGAGAAAAACAACUGAAAACAGCCUUAUAGAAAAGUUUGCUGAAGUGUGUGAAUCUGAGUCCUCAAGACAGUCAGACCUGACAUGCAGUGUGUUAUCAGGUGAAGCAGAUCAGACGUUGGAUGUUGACAUCUUAAAGGAUGAACAGUGUGGUCGUCAAAGAUCCAAGGUGGAACACCUAGCAAAGACUGAAAGUCAGAAGCCCUUGCUCAUCUUUACUCCCCAGUCUAAGAAUAUCAACUCGCGACAAAUUUCUCUAGAUUGCAGUGAUUUUCAAGAAACCUUUUCUGGAGACUUUGGAUGCUGCUCACCUAAAUUCAAGGAUAAUAACAAAGAAGAUCCAAGUUCAGACCUUUCCAUCUCCUCCAGCCAGUUGUUUGAGAAUUCAACAACAUUUGUAUCUGAUAGCAAAGAACUUGAUUCGCUCAAAUUUGCAAAAAUCCGAAUUGAUCUAAACAGAUCUGAUGCAGGCAAAGGUGUAUCUGCAUCCAUUGAUGCCUCCAUUGAUCAUUCUUUCAUUGAUGUUGAUGUUUCAUCUAGUUUAAGUGAUUCCACACUUGUUGACAUCUAUCCUGGUAUGCUAGUUUCAAUGAGUAACUUGCUUGAGAGAAGUUACAAGACGCAUGCUGCAACAAGGUUAGUUAAGCACUAUCGACGUCUCCAGAUGAAUGUCAGCAAAUCUAGGCGUAAUACCACCCAAGACAGAGUUAACCGGAAGACCAAAAUAGUUCCUCCACAAUUGAAGAAAAGGAUGACUCAAGGGACUCUUCUGGAAUGGAAGGAAAAUACCGAUAGCAAACUUGCAGAUCGAAAAGUAUAUUCUCUGACAAAAUACAAACCACAAGAUAACCUAGAACAACGUUUUUCUGCAGGGGUUACUGGAGAUUUCAGGACAAAGUUGCAAGCAAGUAAUAUUGGAUCUUUGUCAUUUCGAAAUUUGUACAAUGAAGCUGGUUGCUCCCCGACAAUCCAAUUGACUUCUUACCAUUCAUGUAGUCCAUUGUCAAUUAUAAAUGGGUGUUAUAGUAGCAAAACUGAAGUUUCUAAUGCAGCCUCUCCGAAUGGGUCAACUCUGCACAAAUUGAAUACUCCACCUGAACAAAGAUUGCGGAAAAAUAAACGGCUUAUAAAAUUGAGAUCAUCUCCUAACUUGUACAGAUUAAACUCUCGUAAAGCUUUGUCCAAUGUGGCUUUGGCAGAGUUCCCAUGCUCCAUGCCUGUGAACUCGCAGUCCGAUGUAGCUGUGGCACAAUCUCCAUGCUCCACGUUUGAGGUUAACUUGCUUCUAAAUGCAGAAUCUUCUGCACCAGUGAACAAUAGUCCUCUGGCAAAGUUUUCACCUUCGAAAACCGUUGAAAACUGA